UUCAACAUCCGCCGACACAACAAACAAUCCUCACCAAACGACAAGACCAAACCAUGCAGCUCUUCCAGCUCGCCUUUGUGCUCAUCACGGCUUCGACUGCGCUGGCACAGAGGUUCAAUUGCGACAGCGGGUUGGGCUACGGUGCACACGGCAAAUGCUUCUGCAACCCACCGCAAUACUGCGAUUCGGCGAAUCCGUGCGUAGCCGGCGCAUGCGAAGACCGACCUGAUCAACAAUAUGCCUUCUGCUAUUAAUAAUGGGAUGGAUGGAUGGAUGGAUGGAUGGAUAUCGAGGCAGCAGCAUCAUGGCGAGAUCGGCACACGAGCCAUAGCCGCCUGCGGGAGAUUUUGGGAAACAUGGCCGCGCAGUCUGGGAGGAUGAGGAAGGAAUCUGAUCGAACGAGCUCUGUCUCUUUUUGUCACCUUCUCUUGCAAACUUCGCCUGGAGAGAGAGAGAGAGAUAUCAAUGUAUCGAUCAGUAUCAAAGCG